UUUAGACUGUAUCAAAUUACAAUUUCCUCCCGCCAUGAGCACACUCCCUAUCCUCUUCUUCCCUUCACCUUCUCCUUCAAACUCCAUAACCACUCACUCUCCAUUUCUUCCACUUCUCCAAAUCCAAACCCCAGGAUUCUGUUCCCUCAAGUCCAUUCACGCUCCGUACAGUUCUAAAUCUAGAAUCUUCUACAAAUUUCCGAGGUUUGUUUUUCCAACAGAGUCUCAAGACGAAGAUGAAGACGAAUACGAAGACGAAGACGAAGAAGAGGAUGAUGAUGAUGACGAAGAAGCGGCGGAAGAAUAUGACGAUGUCGUUUCGGCUGAGAUAUCCGACGGAGGCGAAGAGAGCGAUGAGGAACUCGAAAAUUCCGUUAGCGAAGUGCUGAACAUCGAGGAAACGAGAAAGCAGAGAGUCGAGAAGCUUCGGAGUGAAGUUAGAGAGUUCGGUGAUGAAAUUAUCGAUGCUAAUGAACUUGCUUCUAUUUACUCUUUUCGAAUCGACAAAUUUCAGCGAUUGGCGAUUCAAGCGUUUUUGAGAGGUUCAUCUGUUGUGGUCUCUGCGCCUACAAGUAGCGGCAAAACUUUGAUUGCUGAAGCUGCCGCUGUUGCUACAGUGGCAAAAGGAAGGAGACUAUUCUAUACUACUCCUCUUAAGGCUUUAUCCAAUCAGAAAUUUCGAGAAUUUUGUGAGACGUUUGGUGAAAGUAAUGUGGGGCUCCUCACUGGAGAUUCAGCUGUUAAUAGAGAUGCUCAGGUUUUAAUUAUGACAACUGAGAUUUUGCGCAAUAUGCUGUACCAGAGCGUAGGGGUUGCUUCCUCAGAUGGUGGUCUUCUUCAUGUUGAUGUAAUUGUUUUGGAUGAAGUACACUAUUUAAGUGACAUAUCUCGGGGUACAGUUUGGGAAGAAAUAGUUAUUUAUUGCCCAAAGGAAGUUCAACUUAUAUGUCUUUCGGCGACUGUAGCUAAUCCAGAUGAGUUGGCUGGAUGGAUAGGUCAGAUUCAUGGUAGAACAGAGUUGGUAACAUCAUCCAAGCGUCCAAUUCCACUGACUUGGCACUUCGGCACAAAGACAGCUUUAGUACCUCUUCUUGAUGACAAAGGCACAAGCAUGAAUAGGAAGCUGUCACUCAACUAUUUACAGUAUGAUGAAUCUGCCAGUGAACUAUACAAGGAAGAAGGAUCUAAAAGAAGAAAAUCAAGAAAACGUGAAAAUGAUGUUCGUCCGCUUUCAAAGAAUGAUAUAAAUAAUAUUCGCCGCUCACAGGUACCUCAAAUUAUAGACACAUUGUGGCACCUAAAGGCGAGAGAUAUGCUUCCAGCAGUUUGGUUCAUUUUUAGCAGGAAAGGAUGUGAUGCAGCUGUUCAAUAUCUUGAAGACUGCAGGUUACUGGAUGAGUGUGAAACGAGUGAAGUCGAACUGGCACUCAAGAGGUUCCGUAUUCAAUACCCUGAUGCUGUGCGUGUGUCUGCAGUGAAAGGCCUCCGCCGAGGAGUGGCUGCACAUCAUGCUGGCUGUCUCCCCCUUUGGAAAUCAUUCAUUGAAGAAUUAUUUCAGCGAGGUCUAGUUAAGGUUGUCUUUGCUACUGAAACACUUGCUGCUGGCAUCAAUAUGCCUGCUAGAACAGCUGUCAUUUCAUCUCUCAGCAAAAGGGGUGAUGGUGGACGUGUCCAGUUAAGCUCAAAUGAGUUAUUCCAAAUGGCUGGGCGUGCUGGUCGUAGAGGUAUUGAUGAAAAGGGUCAUGUGGUUCUUGUUCAGACUCCUUAUGAAGGGCCUGAAGAGUGCUGCAAAGUUCUUUUUUCUGGGCUUCAACCUCUUGUUUCACAAUUUACUGCCUCGUAUGGGAUGGUGAUUAAUCUUCUUGCGGGGGCCAAAGUUACCCGUAGAUCAAGUGAUUUAGAUGAGAUAAAAGUCUCACGAGCAGGGCGGACUUUGGAAGAAGCAAGGAAGUUAAUUGAGCAAAGUUUUGGGAAUUAUGUGGGAAGCAAUGUCAUGCUUGCCGCAAAAGAGGAGCUUGCCAGAAUAGAAAAGGAAAUAGAGACACUUACUUCAGAAAUUAGCGAGGAAGCGAUUGAUAGGAAGAGCCAGAAGCUCUUAGCGCAAUCAGCAUAUCAGGAGAUUGCUGAACUCCAGGAAGAAUUAAGAGCUGAAAAGCGUCUUCGAACAGAACUGCGAAGAAAAAUGGAGCUGGAAAGAGUGUUUUCAUUGAAACCUUUACUGAAGGAGCUAGAAGAUGGACACCUUCCAUUCAUGUCUUUGCACUACAGCGACAGU